CGGCAACCGAUUGCAACGCGGCUCAAUUGCGACUUCAAGCGAUUACGUUAUAUUUUACAAAUUCUAAACUUUGAACGAACGAGCUUUUCGCUGUGGGACAAGUGGACAAGAUGAUCGCAUGACCGCGCGCGCGAGAGAGAGAGAAAGAGAGGGAGACAGAAAGAGGAGGAGGAAGAGGAGGAGGAGGGGGGAUUGGAUUUUCUCCGUACGAGCGAAACCACUACCAACUACCUUACCUAUCCCUAGGAGGUAGGUAGGGCCUUGUUUUGGGUACAGUAUUGAUUUCUUCUUCUAGGAGGGAAAAGAGAUCAACAAGGAUUGCGAGAAGAAGAUAAUGCACUUUCAGGCCGACACCUUCAUUUUCCCCACGUUUUGCGGAACUUCUUGAAAGAAGUACCUACCCACCAGAGGACUUGACUGAAGAGAAAACAAAAAGAGAAGAUUUGGAAGAAUAUGAUGUCGAUGAUGAUGAUUCAGAGGGGGGAAUAGGUACCUACCUAUAGCUCGGCAUCGUGUUGCCGACUAAGAAGGGUUUGAAGCACACUACCACACUACCUCCGACCUCCUGAUACCUCUGUGUCAUGGCAUGGCAUGGCACGUGGCGGUGGAGAGGAGAGGAGAAGAGAGGAGAGAGGAGAAGGAGCACUGUUUCCGGACGCCAUUUGCAAUACACUGCGGAUUUACUUUUUUUUUUUCGAUCGGUCAUCAGUAAGUGUCUUCUACUGCUGCUGCUGCUGCUCAAAAGUAUGAUGAUGAUGAUGUGCCGCUUUGCCUGUGUUUGUUAUUAUGAUUAUUAUUGGUGUUAUUGUUGUUGUUAUUUUCUUCUACUUUGACUGACUGCGCUGCUGUCGUCGUCGUCGUCGUCCUCGUCUGCGUCGCUUGGAGGGUAUUUUGCUUGCCUAGGUGGGAUUUGAUUAUUGUUAUUCUCAUCAUCUCUCUGGUUGUGUGCUUUCUCUCUCACCCGACCAAGCAGCAGUCAGCAGUUCAGCAGUCAGCGAUCCCAGACGACGCGCGCUGUUCCUCGCCAGCCGACAGAGAAGACAAAAGAUGCCCUCAUCCAAAACAACGACCUGGCGAAGAAAUCUCCUCGACUUCGAUCUCGACCGCCAUCUCAACCCAUAUAUCCCCCACAACCGCCUCUCGCGCCUUCCCAAAGCAAUUUCCCGCUGGCUGGGCUACCGCCAGGAACCCCAAAAAGAACCAUUACAAAUCGCUCAAUGGCCCAUAACAUUUCUCGCCACCGUCGCCGGACUCUGUCUCAUUGGCGGCAUAGACAAUUACGCUCCGGGGAUCGCAAAAUGGCAUCCUCCCGUCAUGAUUGCAUCCAUGGGCGCCAGUGCAGUUUUGGAUUUCAAUACCAUCAAAUCACCUCUUGCACAACCGAGGAAUUCGAUUAUUGGGAAUACUCUUGCGGCGAUUUGUGGAGUGGCGAUAGCGAAACUUUUUCAACAUAAUUCGGGAUUUGGAAAUAUUGAAUGGGUUUCUGGUGCUGUGGGUUGUGCUCUUGCGUCGUGGGUUAUGAGUGUUACGAAUACGAUUCAUCCUCCUGGAGGUGCGACGGCGGUGUUGGCUUCGACGCAGGCGCAGGUGAUUUCUAUGGGAUGGAAAUUCGUGCCGAUUGUGUUGCUGGAUAGUACGCUCAUGGUGACGGUGGCGUUGCUGUUUAAUAAUGUUCUGAGGCAGUAUCCGAUGUAUUGGUGGACGCCGGCGACGGUGGGGAGGAAGUUGAGGAGGGAGAGGAGAGAGGAGGAAGAGAAAGAAGAGAAGGAAGGGGACAAGCAUGGCGGGGAUGAGAAGGAUGCGGAGAAGGCGGAGGGUGCGGAGUCUGCGACGUCGGACAGUAGCAGUGACCGUACACUUCAACGAGAGCUGAGCAACCGCGUCGACUUUGUAGAUGGAAUCGAAGAUAUCCACAUCACGGCAUAUCGGAUACAGAUGCCUCAUCAUGUCAAACUGGAUCCGCAGGAGGUCUCGAUGCUGGUGAAUAUUCAAGAACGGAUUCGUAUGCAUGGAGAGAUUAAUGCUCCGUGAGAUUAUCGUUGGAGAGUAUGAUUGGUGGUAAAAAGAAGAAAAAGUGUAGCGUUCAAAGCGGAUUGUUCCUGGUCAUGAAUACAUCAUUUCAGCGGGUGUUGGGGGUUCAUUGAUGGCAUAAAUGUUUGGUUACGAAUCAAUGAGAAAGAAGUUCACACAAUCAGCAUAGGAGGUUGUCUUUUUUGAAAAAUCGUUAUAUUCGC